ACAAUAUACGUGACAGGUACCCACCCACUCCUCUCAUAACAUCAGUUUUAGUUAUCUGUCACCUGCCCUGUUCCACUCUGGUACUCACUGGUAGGCAGGUGUUUCGAAUAUGUUGUAGAACAGUGGGAUUAUGCAUAAAACCGAAUUUAUUUGCAAGGUCGAAGGUCCAGCGUGUAGGUAACUAACACGUUUAUAUGCGGGAACAACAUUCGUGCCUUCAGUGUGUGUUUGGUUACCCAAUAAGACAACAACAUAGUCGGGAAGUAUUUAAACAACAUCAAUAUUUAUGUGAACUGUUCAUAAUCAGUUAUUGUAUGGCGACGUCUCGGUCCCCGCGACAACCACGUUCAAUCUCUGCCGUCCUCCAACAGGAGCAACAUCAUUGGCACGUGCAAGAUGGUAUAAAUGUUUGUUCUUCUAGAGAGUACGAUCGUCAUGUCCGGGAAGUGCGAGAUGAACAAGAAAGAGUACAGAAGAAAGUGUUCACAAACUGGAUUAAUCACUAUCUAGCUCAGCAUGCACCACCUUACAGAAUCGAGAAGUUACUGAAUGACCUGAGAGACGGAACGAAGCUGCUCGCACUUUUGGAAGUUUUAUCUGGAGAAAGACUGAUCGAAGAAAAUACUCGACUCCUUGCAGACCAACUAAGUCAGAUUCCAAGUAGCAGCACUAGUAGUAUUGACAGUGUUGGCCAGGUACCAUGUGGAGAGGUCUUGAUGCAUGGGGUUACUCCUGGCACACCACUUGGAAAGCCCAGUCCUCUGGAUAGGUGGAAAGGAGGAGCAAGGAAAGCCCUUUUACAAUGGGUUAAGAACAGCAUCAGCCAGAGAUUUGGAAUCCAGGUGAGUGAUUUUGGACCUAGCUGGAGAGAUGGAAUGGCAUUCCUAGCUAUCAUUGAUAAGAUUCGACCUGGUUUGAUCAAUAUGGAUACCGCUCGACAAAUGUCAAACCGAGAUCGCCUAAAUAUGGCCUUUAAUAUAGCUGAAUCUGUUCUUGGUAUUGCCAGGCUUCUUGAUGCUGAAGAUAUUGAUGUGGACCAUCCAGAUGAAAAGUCUCUCAUGACGUAUGUGUCUCAGUUCUUACAUAAGUACCCAGAAACUUAUGCACAGCCUGAACAGGAACUGAUGGCAGUCCCACCAUCUCCAGUUCAACAAGAUGAUGCCACUACUCUCAGUAGGUGGCUAGACCAUGCAGAGACUGUUCUCAUGAUUCUCAAUAAGCCUGUCACAAAUCACUUUGAAGAGUAUAAACAAUACAAAGCUUUUCAAAAUGACAUGGAAACAAAGAGAACACUGUACAAUCAGCUGAGUAAUAAAAUCACAAAGAAAACAGCAGAUCCAGUGCUGGUCAGCAUGUGGCCUGUACUAGACCAGCGCUGGAAGCAACUUGAAACUAAUAUGGCCAGGUGGAGAUGGAAACUGGAUUGCUCUUUGCCUGGCCGUUUGGGCCAGCUGGGUGAGUGGCUAAACCAAGCAGAGCAACGACUCACUGGUGAUGUUCUGCCACAUGGUAAACAUGAAGAGAUGCCAAAUUUAGUUGCUAUGAAAUUAAAUGAGUACAAGAUAUUCUUUCAAGAUUUACAAGGAGUCCAGCAAGUUUUCCGACAACUCCAGUAUUCACCAGAAGUGGGUUCUGUUCCACCAGACCAUAUGCAAGACCUGAAUCAGAGACUGGAUCGUGUAUCAGUUCUUGCCCACCAGCAUAGAUCAUUACUACUCUUUGAAGAACAGAAAUACAAAAUAUUAGAAUUUGUGUCAACUGUUGAAAAAAAGCUGAGAGAGUGGGAUAUAAAAUAUGGUUAUCAUCCAGAAGUGGAAGAACUACUUAAUGUCUACAAGGAUUUUGUAGAAAAAAGAAAUAUAUUUCAAGAGUUUGAACAAUCUUACGCAGUUUUACAGAAUGCAGCUGAAACUUGUCAAAGAACUGGAACAGCUGUUUUACCAGGAAAGGCACCAUCAGGUGGAACCAUGAUCAUAAUAAAUGAUGAAUUUGUGAAAAGUACAAUUGCCUUGUUUUUCCUCAAUUUUCAAGUGCAAGGAGAAAUAGAAGAUUAUGACAGUCUUUAUAAGAAUAUAUCUAAGAAGGCUCAAGGGCUUAUCAGGGUUCUGAGUCCACCUGAAGUUGAAAUUAUGAUGAGCAAUUUGAAACAGGAAAAAGAGCUGUUAUUGACGAUAAGAACAAGAAUUGCUUCCUGUCUUCACAUCCUCUGCCAGGUUUUGACCAAUCAGGAAGCACUAGAGUCAGGCAUCAAGGAGUUGACUGGGUGGAUAGAGGAAGCUGAAAAGGUUAUUGCUGGUUACGUUAUCCCAACCACACCAGAGCAAAUCUCUUUACAGUUAGAAAAGCACAAAGCUUUCUUCAAGAGAUUUCCAUAUUACAAGUCUGUUUUUGAAAGCAAGAAUAAACUUUAUCAGAACUUACUAAAAGAAGCUAGUGGGGCUCCAGAAAUCAACGUUGCUGGAAUAAAACACACCAUGACUGAUCUGAAUGAUAGAUUUGAGCAAUGUAUCAGUUUAUCAGAGCAAUGGGAACAAGCAAUGACAGAAGCCACCAACAGAUGGCAGCGGUACUUUGAAACUGUCAUGGUUAUUGAAGAAUGGUUAGAGAAGGCUAGAAGACUGCUUACAGACACUACAGUUAAGUGGGAGAAACUGGAAACUCAACAGGAGUUCUUUGAAAAACCAGUGCAGCAUAUGAUGAGAAAACUUGUGUCUGCAAGUGAGAGUGUUAUGGCAACAUUACCAGAGACUGAGCAGAAACCAUUGCAGGAGACUGUGGAAAAUUUACAAGGACAAUGGAAGAAUAUUUGGCAACAAGUUCCUACUCAUUUGGUGCAACUAGAAUUUCAACUAUUAGAACAAGACUUUGAAUUUCAGCUUCAAGAAGCUGAGAAAGAAUUGAAAAUUGAGCAGGAAAGAUUUGACAGUGGAGAAAAAACAGAAAAGGUGCUGCAAGGUCAUUGGGAAUUCUUCCAGUCAGGACCUACCAGCCAUCGAAUUCAAGGUUUACUUUCCAAGAUGGAAAUACUUAGUGGUCAGGAAGAAGGUAAUAAACUACAAGCUGAGUGUGAGCACCACAGAAAACAGUGGGAAAUACUUGAACAGAGGAUUCAAGCUAUGCAUGACCAGCUUCAAAGAAAUCAAGAGGAGUGGAGAGAUUACUGCUUGAGAUUCAAUUCAAUCAUUAGAUGGAUGGAUGAGAUGGAAAAGAACAUAGCUGCUACUACCCAGGAAAUGGCAUCUUCUCAAGAAUUUGAAACUGUGAAGGUAAAAUUUCAGGAAAUGUGCAAAGAUGUUGACACACAUGAAGAAGAUGUUAAAUGGCUGGUUCAGAAAUUGGAGAAUCUAGUUUUAAAACUUCCAGAUACUGAGGCAGUCCAGGAGAAAAACAGACUAGAUGCUUUGGUGGACAGGUACAAGAACCUUGUCCCAAUCAUUGAAACUACUGUUAUCUACACUGAGACGAUAUCCAAGUGCUACAUCUUCAGGGAAGAAGUGCAAGAAGUCACCUGUUGGCUGAAAGGAGUUCAAGAAGAAACUGAAGCCAAGGAUGAAGGUGCUUUUGAAAAUGUGGAAAAACUGGAGGAAAUGUUGGCUCAGCAGAAGGCUUUAGUUGGAGAGUUGGAAAAACAGCAGCCUGCUAUUUUAGCUAGUGUGAGCAAAGGAAAAGAACUAAAGAAUGUUCCAUCAGUUCCCAGCUUUGUAGAAAGGGAAGUUUUUAAUCUUGAAACAAGCUGGAAAGAAGUUUAUGAGAAAGCACUGGAUAAACUGAAUACCCUGAAGAAAGCACAAAAAAUGUGGACAGAUUAUAACGAACAGAAGUCAGAAAUUUUCAGACUACUACAUCAAGCACAGGAAGAUUUGAGAAGGAUGACAACUCCAGCAUAUCCACGAACAAUUGAAGAGGAACUGAAAGUGAAACAGAAAAUGAGCAUCCAGCUACGAGAAGCUACAGAAGCCAUGUUAGAAAGGUUACGUUCCUUGGGCAAAGACCUUGUCCAGCAUGUCACUACUCAGAGGCAACCUCUGUUUGAGAAAGAAGUUGUGGAAAUUGAGAAACAGAUUCGAGUUAUCUUGCAGACCAUGACAGAAAAAGUUGUCUACCUCGAACAGACAACACAAAAGUGGAUUACCUUCACAGCUAAACUUGAGGAAAUUUCCAACUGGAUAGAACAAGCUCAAAACAUGUUAGAUCGGAUUUCACUUGAAGAUCUUCCAUUAGCAGAUAGCACACGGCAUGCACAACAAAUUUUAUCUGAGAUCACUCAACAGACAGAAGUUCUGAGAAACUUAGAGAGAGAAAGUCAAGAACUUGCAAAUGAACAACCUGACAGUGAAAAUGUCAAGGAGCUAAAUGCUCAGCUAGCAGACUUAAGACAAAAGUUACAGAAGCUAGAAGAAACAACCAAGGUUACCCUAGAAAAUCUUUCAAGAAAUUUGGAAGCUGUGGAAGAAUAUAAAAGAUUUAUCAGCAAAGAAAAUGAAGAAAUUAAACUGGCUGAAACUAGAAUUAGUGAGGGCUUUGUCAGACCAGUAUCUCUUGAGGAUGCUCGUGUGAAGAAACAGAGCACAGAGCAAUUCCAGGAGCAAUGUCUAGAGAAAAUUGCCCAACUUUCAGAUGUAGCAGUACAAACACAAAAGGACCAAGUUGAUACAGCAGUCCAAACAGAGCUUGAUUUCCUACAAAGUCAGUGGCAAACUGUUUUUGAUACGGUAAAGACAUGGGCUGAAAGACUAGAAAGAACAUUACAUUCAUGGGAAAGUUUAAGUAUCAAAACAGAAGAUUUGAUAAGUUGGGUGGUGGAGACUGAAGAACAUGUGAAAAAACCACUUAAAACUAACACAGUAAUUAUAGAAAAAUUGGAAGGCCUAAAAGAAGACCUAAAGCACCUUUCUAUAGAAGUGUUUGAAAAACAGCAAAGUUUGAGUGAAAUUUUCAAAGAAGUAGAAGAACUGUCGCAGAACAUCUCUCAGAAAGCCACAACUGCUUUGCGUGCUCAUUUAUCUGACAUAAGACACCGAAUUAAUAACCUUAGUGACUAUGUUCAUCAGUUACAGGCACAAGUAGCUUCUGUGAUUGCAGAACGGAAAGAUCUUUUAAGAAAAAUUAAAACCUUUCAAGAGUGGAUUGAUGAAACUCAACUGAUUUUAAAAGAUCAACAAGAUGUUUUCUUUAGUCAUGUGGAUCAGAUGUUGAAACAAACAAGGAUUAUGAAAGAGGAGAGUAGCAGAAAACAGGAACUUUUCAAUGAUAUCUAUGCUACAGUGAGACAGCUUUCUGAAACAUGUAUGCCUGAAGAGGUUGAGCAAGUCCAGAGUGCAUACAGUUCACUAUCUGAGAAUUACCAAUGGUUGGAAGACCUCUUGGAUGUUCGAGUUGAUUUUCUUCAAAAGUUAGAAAAUUUUCACCUCUGGCAGCGAGACCUGAGAGAGCACCUUAGUCUUUUAGAGCAGAAGCUCAACUCUCAUCAACUUGUUGAAGAAGAGAUGUCUUCAAUUGCAUCAGAGCUUGAAAUUAUCAAAACGCAGCUUGAAACUAAAGAAUGUGAAUCAUCAGAGCUGGAUAAUCUUAUAACCAAAGCUCAACUGAAAUUGUUUAAAGACUCAUCUAAUAUGUCAUCUACUCUAUCUCUUUAUAAUCUUCUAACAGAGCUAAAGGACCGUCACAGUAAAGUUACAGAAAUGUUGAGGAAGAGACAACAGAAAACUACUUUCUUGCACCAGCAACAUCAAGACUUCAAUGAAACAUUGGAGAAAUUGGUAGCAUGGAUUAAGGACACAGAUUCUAAAAUUCAGAAUCUCAGACCAAGAAGCGACACCCAGUCAGGAAUUGUAGCCUUACAAAAUGACAUUAAGGAGCUUACAGAGGACCUAACAUCUCACAAAGCUGACUACACCAAAGUUCUCGAGAAAGGUCGUGCAUUAAUUGAAGUUAACCCUUCAGAAUUAUCAGACAUUCAGACAAAAUUGACUUCUUUAGAUACUUUUUGGGAACAACUGUCUUCAGAGCUUGCUCGAAAGGAGAAACUUUUUAACCAAGUCUUAGCUCUCUGGAAAGAAUGUGAUGAUCUCUACAAACAAAUGUUAAAUGUGAUACAAGAGGCCAUGCAGAAAGCUGCUCCUCCAGAGCACCCUCCUUGUGACUCAAUCCAGUCACUCAGUAUGUUAGAGAAAGCCAAGACUGCUAAUGAGUUAAUGAAGUCACAUCGCUCGGUAACUGACAACUACUCUCACAAGAUGAAGGAGAUGAAGGACAAGCUGACUUCAGUAGAAGGGUUCAAUGUUGAAUUCUUGCAGACAGAACUAGAAGAGGCUCAGCAGCAGUGGCGUACAGCCUGGGAGAGAAUAAUGCAAAGGCUUCAGACCUGCGAGUCUCAGCUAGUUUUGUGGCAACAAAUAGAUAGUGUUAAGGAACAGCUCAUGACAUGGUUGACAGAGACUUGUUCUGCUUUCAACUCUUUUCUAGAAAACUUCAGUGGCCACGAAAAAGCUCAGAGCCUUCUAAAUAAGUACAAGAAUGAAGUUGGUUUUUAUGAGACCACUCAUGCUGGUCUCUGUGCUAAAAUCUCUGCUCUAGAGAAACUUACUGAUAACCAAGAGAUUGCUACCCUAACAUCCCUUAAAUCAGUCUUACAAGCUCAGUUUGACGAGGCUCGAGAUGUUGCUAAUAAACUUGAAUCUGUCUUGAGAAAUAUUGAAAAUGAACAAGGAACUGUUGAAGAAGAAAUGCAAGCAUUUAGUGACUAUCUUAAAAAACAGCGCGAGUCCGUGUCACGGUGUGAUAACAGCAGUGGAAGUGAUGAACUAGUUCUUCAGCGUCUUGAACAGUGCAAGAAAUUAGGAGAAGAAAUGAAUACCUACUACAAAAAGCUGGAACAGAUAGAGACAAAUAUCCAUACACUUCAGCAGAAUCAUUCAUCUUUAGAUACCAGUGGGCUGCAGAAAGAACUGUCUAACCUUCAGAAAAGGUAUGAAACAGUAAAGAACCAAGCAGCCAAAGUUAAUUCUAACCUCUUCUCUGUACUGGAGCGUCACUAUCAGAGUGGACUGCAGGAGUUCCAGAGGUGGCUAACUGCAUAUUCUGAGAAAGUGUCAUGGUGUGAUCCUGACCUCGCUGGGGACAGGUUUAGUCUGGAAGCACAGAUGGGAACUCUACGGGUAUACUUAGAUCUGAAUUCAUAUUUUGUGACUGUUUUAAUCUUGUCCUAA